CCUUGGUGAACCACCAUGGAUACAUUAUCUGCCUGUUCGUUUAAUGUGAAGGGUCUGAAUGUCCCUGAAAAGCGACGCCAAAUAUCUAGGUACCUACAUAAACAAAAGGUGUUAAUUGCCCUGUUUCAGGAAACGCAUUUUCUAUCUAUUAGUUGCCCGGUGAUUAAUGACCGGUUAUAUCCAGUAUGGUUUCACACAAUGUCUACUGAUUCUAAAUCUAAAGGGGGGUCUAUAGCCUUUCAUAGGUCCUUCCAGCCUACUGUAUUGAAAUCAUUAUGUGACCCUCAUGGUCGCUAUGUGUUUAUACAAUUCUCUCAUUCCUCCCAUGUAUUCACCGUUGCCUCUGUUUAUUUUCGUAACCAGGGACAGGUUUCCUUUGCCUCUAAGGUCCUCCAUCUUCUGGAUGAAUUUGCUGGCUCCUCGCAGAUAAUCUUGGGGGGUGAUUUCAACUGGGUAUGGGAUCCUUUCUUGGACACAUCCACUGCUGUGAAGCGACUCAUGAAGGAAGCGGCAGAACUAAAGGACGCUACAGAUCACUAUCAUGCCCAGCCACUAGAGGAUAAUCUUUUUGAAUGGCACUUCACAGUCCGGGGUCCACCAGAUUCAGAUUUUGAUGGUGGCAUUUACCACGGCAGAAUUGUUCUUCCACCUGAAUAUCCCAUGAAACCUCCAAGUAUCAUUUUGUUAACAGCUAACGGUAGAUUUGAAGUUGGAAAGAAAAUUUGCUUAAGUAUUUCUGGGCAUCAUCCUGAAACAUGGCAGCCAUCUUGGAGCAUCCGAACUGCAUUGUUGGCUAUCAUUGGAUUCAUGCCUACAAAAGGAGAAGGUGCCAUAGGUUCCCUGGAUUACACACCUGAAGAGAGGAAAUCACUUGCCAAAAAGUCCCAAGACUACUUCUGUGAAGCUUGUGGGAUAAGUAUGAAAUCUGCUUUGCUACCACUUAACUCUGAGUCUAGUCGAGAUGACAAAGAAGACCGGGAGCUUGCUAGACAAAUCAGUUUUACGGCUCAAGUAAAUCCUCCUGGAAGUUCUCAAACAGAAGGAAAGAAUCAGCUGCAGAAGUCACCAGAGCCAGACCAAACAGCUACUACAACUCCUCAGGAUGAGGCUCAGGAAGGUCAACCCAACUUGGGUGACGAUGCUGCAGAGUCAACACCCACUGUGAACACAUCAAGGAGCCCUAGGCAGAGACGAGCACAUCAAAGGAGAAACCCAGCUUCCCCAGGCCUCAUUGAAGUUCAACAUAAUGCUGUCAAUGGAAGUAACACAGGAUCAGCAAUUCUUAUAGUUGUACUAACAUUUGCAUUGGCAGCUCUUCUUUUCCGUAGACUGUAUUUAGCCAAUGAAUAUAUUUUUGACUAUGAUCUAUAAUGUUUGAUUUCUUCUGAGGGGAAUAACACAAGUGUGUCAUUAAAGUGUGUAUCGGGUAUGUUUUUAAAACAAGCUGCAGAUUGUAUUUAAUGACUGUUUAUGGUAUACUGUGGCAUAUUUGCAGGAAUUUUCGUGGCCAGGCAUCUACCAGAAUUGUUGAUGCUAAGUAUAUAUACUGGGGAAAUGGUUAGUGAUACAACAUACAUCCAGAUGCAUGUCUCUUUUAUAUGAAGGGCUGCAGCUCAGUCUGAAAUCUAGUUUAAACUUACACUAUACUUCCUUAUUUGAGAACAAAUUCCCCAAAUUUCCCAUGUGUUCCAGCACAUGCACUUUCUUGGAUAGUGAUAUUGCAGCCUGAACUGGAUGGAACUAUUGCCAAGUUGCUUCCCUACGGCACUGUCCUAGUCUGGCUUUGAAAACCUAGAUCCUAAGAAACUGACUGGAAGCUAGGGAUACCCUGUUUAAAAACUAUGGGAGUGUCGCUCAGCAUGUUCCUAACUAUCAUUCUGUGCCAUAUGAGGCUUGCAGAGCUACCUAGAACAAAUAAUAUCACAACCUUAUCUUUUACAUAGUUUUUUGUUAUUAUAAAUAACAAAAUAAUAAUUAUUUAAUCAUUUUUGUUUUAUAUUACUGCACAGUUUAAUCUUUAAAGCUAUACAUUUAGGGGGGCAUUAGGUUACUGUUUGGAAUGUUAACUAACAAGUAAUAUUAAUUCCCUGGGGCCUCUGUACUAGGUGAUCUUCACGACAUAUUGUUAAGAACUACACUGAUCCAAAUUCUUCACAUAAAAUUUUGGAAUAUAUGACUAUAAGCUGUUUAGAAAUGAGUAUUUUUUUUUUUUUUUUUUUAUACAAGGGCAUUGUUUUGUAUGCACUUUGUGCCAGCUAAGGCUUCUUUUUUUUUUUUACACUAUAUCGUUGCUUUGUUACAAACGGACAUUAAUGGCUUAUUUUUUUUUCCUACUUUUGCUGCCACUAACGUCAGUUAUUGUAACGGAGCAAAACGGGAGUUAUAACGGGCAAAGAGGAUCCCAUUCACUUAAAUGGGAUUCCUCUAACGUCUGUUAUAAGUCCUGUUAUGAUUGCGUGAGAAAAAGACGUGACAUGCCAAAAAUUUUCUCCCGCUAUCUUCCUAACUGCCGGUACACUGAGGGGCACAAACGUCAGUGUGAAAGAAGCCUUACUGAUACAAAGUUGUUUGAACAAAAUAACAUAUUUUGCUUUUAGUUUUGGGAUUUAAACUGUGAGACCACCAUCUCUGGUUGUACAUUAGAUCAACCAAGUUCUAGGAAUUAAAUCAUAAGGUGUAUGACUUAUAAUCUUUCUCAGACCUACUGAGUGCUUUGUUUUAGCGCCCCCUCUUUGGUGGGCUAUUAAAUGGGGUGAAGUUUGGACUCUAUUAGGGACUCAUGCUGAUGUCUUGAGUUCUGUCACAGACUUUUUUUUUUUAUUACAUAUUAUUUAUGCAAGAUGAGCUUCACAUAUUUAGUAAACAGAAAUUUCUCAAACUAGCAUAAGGCAAAAGUGGAAUAGUUGCCCAUACCAACCAGUUGGCUUUUAUUUUUCGGAGUCCCCUUGGAAAAUUAGCAUGGUAAACUGGUUGUUACAUCUCUGUCUUAAAAAGCUGAUAGAACUUUCUUGGUUGCAGAUAGUACAUAGUAUAAUUUUUUUUCCUGCUUCAUUUGUACCUUUACCAGGAAAAAUAAAUAUUAUCUUUUUACUGUUUCCUCAUAUAGUAGCCAUUAAUAUCACCAUUGAACUAUGAGUUACUUGAGUACGUGCUCUCUUGAGGGUAGACAAUCAAUAUUCUUAUUUUGGUAGACCCCUUUUAAAGUGUGUUUAACAUUGAGAACAUGGGUUUUAAGUUUCAGUUUCACAAUUGUUUUCCUUCUUAAAAUAUUUAUCAUCUUUCAGGAUUGUAUAAAAGUUCAAAACCCUCUUUAAUGGAAAAUUUCAGUCACAAAGACAAAGUUGCAACCAGAGUAGGAAAGCAUUAAAUAUAGUAAGAGCAGAUUUAUUAUGUGAUCUGAGGGGGCACCUAUUAAAUGGGUACUCCACUUCCCCAGUGUUUGGAACAUUUGGUUCUGAACGCUGGCUGUGGAGGUCGUGACGUCACGCCAUGCCCCCUCACUACAGGUCUAUGGGAGGGGUGUGGCAGCCACACACCCCUCCCAUAGACUUGCAUCGAGGGGGCGUUGCCGUGACAUCACGAUCCUUGCGUCCACUGUUCUGAAUGCUGGGGCAGUGGAGUACCCUUUUAAGUUGUCUUAUAGCAACCAAUUAGAGCUCUGCUUUCAAAGAGAAUCUUAUUGUACAACAGCUUGAGAAAUCUCCCCUCAAUAGCUAACCUUGGUGUCUUCAGGAUGAACAAAUGAGCAAUGGCUGACGUUUUCCUUUAAAACCCCAUGAAUACCUUAUUUUAUCUCCUUUUUUAGUCUUUCUAGAAUGGGGCCAGAAUUUUGUGUUACAUUGACGGAUCACGUGAUCAGUAUCCAGUAGAUUUCAAAUAUGUUUAACUGUAUAUCUUGCUUUUUAAUUUAAAAUGAUUACAUAACUGUUUACUCAUUAUUGGCAUUUGUUAUAAUGUGCUGUAUGUAAUGACUUAAAAAAAUUGUUCACUGAAAAAUAUAUAAGCAAUAAAUAAAAAAUGUUGUUUGCA